CGGACGGCAGGAGCCCCGGAUCUUUAUUGGACGGUGCACCGACCGAGGGGGCUCGGCCCGAGCGGAAGUGCCCAGGCGGGGGAAAUAUUUGGCGGUCGGUUUCCGCCUUAUGGAUGGAUGGAUGUUGGGCCUGUCUUUGUAAGAAGAUAGAGCUAGUGCCGCCUACCCAGCCGAUGGAUGUGCAGGCUUCACAGACAGGUAUAAUCUGGAGGAAUCGUGGGACCUGUAUGGAGCAAACGUGGAUGUGAUUGGAGAGUGGGGAGAUCGUGUUUUUUUUUGUUUGGGAUUUACACAGUUCUGCCAUGGGGAACAGUGCCCUAAAAGCUCAUCUGGAAACUGCGCAGAAGACAGGGGUCUUCCAGCUCACAGGGAAAGGCCUGAAUGAGUUUCCCAUGGACCUACAGAGACUUGCAUCGAGUCUGAGGACAAUGGACCUGUCAGGGAAUAAGAUUGAGACCUUGCCCUCGGUCAUUGGCCACUUCACAACUUUGAAGAGUUUGAAUCUCAACAGUAAUAAAUUGGCUGUUCUCCCUGAGGAUGUGGGAAAACUGAAGAAACUGGAGGCCCUUCACCUGAACAGUAACUCACUGAGACAGCUCCCCUCCAGCUUCGGCCAGCUAGCAGCCCUAAAGACCCUGAAUCUAUCUGGGAACCAGCUUCGGGAGUUCCCACUGCAGCUGUGCCACCUCCGGCACCUGGAUGUGGUGGAUCUGUCCAAGAAUCGAAUCCAGCGUCUGCCGGAUGAAGUGGAGCAGCUGCAGGCCAUUGAACUCAAUGUCAACCAGAAUCAGAUCUCUCAGAUUUCAUCACACAUCGCCCGAUGUCCCCGGCUGAAAGUUUUACGGAUUGAAGAGAACUGUUUAGAAAUCUCCAUGAUUCCUGUCAGUAUCCUGGCUGACUCCCAGAUUGCCUUGCUGGCCGUGGAAGGGAAUCUUUUUGAAAUUAAGAACUUGCGAGAUCUGGAGGGCUAUGAUAAGUACAUGGAUCGCUUCACAGCAACAAAGAAGAAAUUCUCUUGAAGGUCUGAGCUUCCUCCCUCAGCCAUAGAUGGUGGUAGUAGUAACCUGCAAUAGACCAUACUGGGGAGGUAACUCCAAUUCAUUGAAGGAGACAAUGGAAAGGGCAGUAAAUGAUAUGAUGCCGUGGUCCUCAGCCUUGCCUACAUUCCAGUUAUUGGUGUUAGUAAAACCGAUACUGUCUUUAA